AUGGGAAAAGAAAAGACUCACGUUAACGUCGUUGUUAUUGGUCACGUCGACUCUGGUAAAUCUACCACUACCGGCCACUUGAUCUACAAGUGUGGUGGUAUUGACAAGAGAACCAUCGAGAAGUUUGAAAAGGAAGCUGCCGAGCUUGGUAAGGGUUCCUUCAAGUACGCUUGGGUUUU